UGUUGUGGUGUAUGCAUGCGUACGCAGGCGUACGUGACGCAGGACGACAACCUGAUCGGGACGCUGACGGUGCGAGAGACGAUCGGCUACUCGGCGCUGCUGCGGCUGCCGGACAAGAUGCCGCGCGACGACAAGCGCGCGCUGGUGGAGGGCACCAUCGUGGAGAUGGGGCUCCAGGACUGCGCCGACACCGUCAUCGGCAACUGGCACCUCCGGGGCGUCAGCGGCGGCGAGAAGCGCCGGGUCAGCAUCGCCCUGGAGCUCCUCAUGCGGCCCCGCCUCCUCGUCCUCGACGAGCCCACCAGCGGCCUCGACAGCUCCUCGGCCUUCUUCGUGACGCAGACGCUGAGGGGCCUGGCGAGGGACGGCAGGACAGUGAUUGCGUCCAUCCACCAGCCCAGCAGCGAGGUCUUCGAGCUCUUCGACAUGCUCUUCCUGCUCUCCGGGGGCAAAAACGUCUACUUCGGACAGGCAGCGCAAGCAUGUGAGUUCUUCGCUGAAGUUGGGUUCCCAUGCCCGCCUCUGAGAAAUCCCUCGGAUCAUUUCCUGAGGUGCGUUAACUCCGACUUCGACAAGGUCAAGGCCACCCUGAAAGGCUCGAUGAAAGCAAGGAUCGAAAGGUCUGAUGAUCCUCUGGAUAAGAUAACCACAUCAGAGGCCAUCAGGAAACUCGUCUCUGCCUACAACAGGUCACAGUACUACUACGCUGCUAGGGAGAAAGUUAAUGACAUCGCGCGAAUCAAAGGAACGGUGAUGGAUUCAAGGGGCAGCCAGGCCAGCUUCUUGAUGCAGGCGUGUACACUUACCAGGCGUUCAUUCAUCAACAUGUCGCGCGACUUUGGGUACUACUGGCUCAGGCUCUUGAUCUACCUCCUUGUGACUGUAUGCAUCGGCACCAUCUACCUGGAUGUCGGCACCAAAUACACAUCCAUCCUGGCCAGGGCAGCAUGUGCAGCAUUCGUCUUUGGAUUCGUCACCUUCAUGUCCAUUGGAGGAUUCCCUUCAUUUGUGGAAGAAAUGAAGGUUUUCCAGCGGGAACGGUUGAAUGGGCACUACGGUGUUGCAGCAUUUGUCAUUGCCAACACCAUCUCUGCUCUGCCAUUCCUGGUCCUGAUAUGCUUCAUGUCAGGGACAGUAUGCUACUUCAUGGUGCGCCUUCAUCCUGGUUUCACACACUACAUCUUCUUCGUCUUGAACCUCUACGCCAGUGUCACUGUGGUUGAGAGUUUGAUGAUGGCCAUUGCAAGUGUCAUACCCAAUUUCCUCAUGGGCAUCAUCAUAGGAGCUGGAAUUCAGGGAAUAUUCAUGCUUGUCUCCGGAUACUUCAGACUUCCGUAUGACAUCCCGAAGAUCUUCUGGAGAUACCCCAUGCAGUACAUCAGCUUCCAUUACUGGGCACUACAGGGCCAAUGCCAGAAUGACAUGGACGGUCUCCUAUUCGACAACCAAUACCCAGACCAGCCGAAGAUCCCUGGGGACUUCAUACUGAAGUACAUCUUCCAGAUCAACGUGCACCGGUCGAAGUGGAUCGACCUGUCGGUCAUCUUCAGCAUGAUCUUCAUCUACCGCCUGCUGUUCUUCAUCAUGAUCAAGGUGAACGAGGACGUGAUGCCCUGGAUCCGGGGCUACAUCGCGAGGAAGAGGCUUCAGAAGAAGGUGCCUGCCAUCGGCAAGACGCCUUCCCUGAGAGGCUAUGUUGUGGAUCCAGAGCUUGGUCCUAACGAAGGCUAGAAAGAUAAGCUGGGGGUUGCUGGGUAGCACAAAUAGGAGGGUUUCCUACCGGUUCUUGGCGUAAUAUGUAUCUAUGAUCAGAGAAACUGGUAAUUUUUAUACGUUUUGGAAGUGAAGCUCGUUUGAGUAGAGGUACAUACAUACAUGUAAUGCGUUCAAAAAAUGGCAUCAGCGAUGCAUGCAGAGUGACA